UGAGACCUUGAAAGGUCAGUUUGCCUGGCAGCCAUUCUGGUUUGUCGGAGUGUAACAUACGUGUACACGACUACUUCGCUCCAGUUUGAGACCAUUUUCAAGACAAUUUGACACUUCAGCGAUAAAUCAGCACCACAAACCGGAAGAAAUGGGUGAGAGAAGCGGUGAGGUCGCUAUGGACGAUCGUCCAGCUAUACACCCCGGGGACGAGACAAGCAGCAGCGAGGAAUUAGACACGGGAAGGCAGCAAAAUGAGGAAGAAAACAUUCCAUGUGAGGAAAAGUGUGGAGUAGAAUCUGACCAUCCUCCCGCACAGGGUCGAACAGAGCAGAAGGACAGACUUGCGGUGAAACGCACUGUGAAUAAACGCUUUGCGUGUACGGAGUGUGGCUAUAGGGCAGCCAAAAAGUCUGUCCUAAUCAAACACACAAGAAAACAUACAGGUGAGAAACCAUAUAAGUGUGACCAGUGCGACUAUUCUGCUGCACAGAAAGUUCACUUAGACCGACACAUGACUAAACAUACCGGCGAAAAACCCUACAUCUGUGGAGAGUGUGGAUACUCGGCGGCUAUCAGGUGUCGCCUAUUGGAACAUAUGAGAAUACAUACUGGCGAGAAACCUUACAAGUGUGACCAGUGUAACUAUACUUCUGCAACAAAAUACAACUUAGACCAACACAUGACCAAACACACCGGAGUAAAAACUCUCAUGUGUGGGGAGUGCGGAUUUCGAACGGCUAAUAGGUCCAACCUAUCUCGACAUAUAAGAACUCAUACGGGCGAGAAACCCUACAAAUGUGCCCAAUGCGACUUUUCUACUACACACAGAAGCGCUUUAGACCGACACAUGGCUAAACACACCGGAGAAAAACCCUACAUAUGUGAUGAGUGCGGAUACAGGACUGCUAGCAGGUCUCACCUAUCAGAACACAUGAGAACACAUACAGGUGAAAAGCCCUAUAAAUGUGACCAGUGCGACUUUUCUGCUUCACACAAAGGUAAUUUAAAGAAACACAUGGCUAAACACACCGGCGAAAAACCCUACAUGUGUGAUGAGUGCGGAUAUAGGACGGCUGACAGGUCUUCCUUGACCGAACAUAUGAGAACACAUACCGGCGAGAAACCUUAUAAGUGUGACCAGUGUGACUAUUCUGCUGCACAUAAAGUUUCUUUAGACCGCCACCUUACUAAACACACCGGAGAAAAGCCAUUUAUGUGCGAACAGUGCGAAUACAGGACUAGUAACAGGUCUUCCUUAACUGUACAUAUGAGAACACAUACAGGUAUGAAACCUUAUAAAUGCGACCAGUGCGACUAUUCUGCUUCAUGCAAAGGCAGUCUAGUCAAACACAUGUAUAAACACACCGGCGAAAAACCCUACAUGUGUGGAGAGUGCGGAUUCAGGACGGCUAGAACGUCUUACUUAACCGUACACAUUAGAAAACAUACAGGUGAAAAACCUUACAAGUGUGACCAGUGCGACUAUUCUGCUGCACAAAAAUUCCAUUUAGACCGACAUGUGGCUAAACACAACGGCGAAUAACCCAACGUUUAGGGAGUGUGGAUACAUGGACGGCUGGCAAGUAAUCCGUAGCCUUAGAUAUGACAAACCAUAUACGUGUAAGUAGUGUGACGUCACUGCAGCACAGUAAUACCAUGUUAACAGACACAGGACGAGACAAACCGUGGAAACUUGACCGGUGUGUACAUGAUUUUAAUAAACCUAUCCAGACACGUGCAAAAAUACAGUAGAAGUAAAGCAAAAAUGUGAUCAGUGCGACUAUUCUGCUUCAAGGAAAAGUAGUUUACACUUACAUAUGGCCGAACACGCCUGUAAACUACCCAACCCUACAUGUGCAUACCGCCCAUAUCAUCACUGAGCCUUGAUAGUUGCCUUUGCAAACCUAAAUAUCGAAUAACUCAAUUUUAGGACAAUGUUCUGUAUUCAACAUUGUAUUAUUGCUGAAUAAGAAGUUGAUACUCUUAGAUAACAAUGCUAGGAAGUGGUAACUUGAUAACUUGCCAAACGUAGAUAUAGUACUGACGGUUAUUGAGUUUAUUCUUAUGUUAUGUCAUGCCUUGCUUCGAAACGUGGUGAUAUUUCAUGCUUUGUUUAAACAUAAUUAUUUACAUCAUGUGGAAAAAUAAAUUUAUCCUUUCAAAGCGCC